AUGGAAAUUACCAACCGCCAGCAGCGGAGCCCAAACCCCCCUCCUCCAUACCCUGAGAAUGCAGCUCCACCACCGCAGUCCGGUCAGACCUUUGAUCAAGCCUUCAAGGUCGACGGACCGAAGUACAACGAUAUAUGGGCAGGUCUUUUGCUGAUCGCAGUCUUCUUGGGAUAUGUUGCCGUGUCAGGCUUGACCAUCCACUCGUACGCCGUCCACAAAGGGUUCAGUGGAGGAGGUAUCUACAACUCUGGCAAUGAUUUCUCAUUGAACACCAAUACCCUUGUGCUUUUCAUCUUCGUCCUUUGCGUCGCCCUAGUCUUCUCCUGGGCAUAUUUCAUGGGUGCGCGCUACUUCACCAAGACCUUCAUUUGGGUCACAGGCAUUCUGAACAUCGUCUUCGCUUUUGCAACGGGGAUCUACUAUAUCGCACGCAAGCAAUAUGGAGGCGGAAUAGUAUUCCUGCUCUUCGGUGUCUUCGCAGUUAUCUGUUUCAUCAGCUGGAUUCCGCGUAUUCCAUUCACUGCCUUUAUGCUGCAGACUACUAUGGAUGUUGCCCGAGGCUAUGGAAACGUUUUCCUCGUUAGUGCGCUAGGCGGCAUCGUGACUGUCGCUUUUGCAGCAUGGUUUUCUGUGACCCUGGUCUCGAUCUAUGUCGCAUAUGAGCCUGAUUCCACUGGUACAAAUCCAGCUUGUGUGAACGGCGGCUGUAGCACGGCGAAAGUGAUUGGUCUGGUGGCUUAUGUCACCUUUGCCAUGUAUUGGUUCAGUGAAUGGGUUAAGAACACGGUGCACACUACUAUCGCCGGAGUGUACGGGUCCUGGUACUUCUGGAGCGCAUCCGCGGGCGGCAUGCCCAAGGGUGCGACUCGCGGCGCUUUCCGUCGUGCGACGACCUAUUCAUUUGGUAGUAUCAGUUUUGGAAGUCUCAUCCUUGCGAUAAUAAAUAUGAUGCGCCAGGUGUGCUCGAUCGCUCAAAGACAAGAAGCCGCACAGGGUAAUAUUGUCGGGUCGAUCUUUGUCUGGAUUCUGGGAUGUUUCAUCGCGCUGCUCGACUGGCUGGUUACAUUUUUCAAUCGCUACGCUUUCUGCCACAUCGCUUUAUACGGAAAGCCUUAUAUCCCGGCUGCCAAGGAUACAUGGAAGAUGAUGCGCGAUCGUGGUAUUGAUGCCCUGGUACAGGACUGUUUGAUUGGCCCUGUCUUGACUAUGGGCUCUACUUUUGUGGCUUACGUCUGUGCUUUGCUGGCAUAUCUGUACUUGCAAUUCACAAAGCCGGCUUACAACGCCGAUGGGGAUUUUACUGCCGUCAUUAUGGCUUUCUCUUUUCUAAUUGGUCUUCAGGUCUGUCAGGUUUUCAUGACGCCAAUUGGAAGCGGUGUCGAGACAAUCUUUGUGGCAAUGGGCUGGGAUCCUCAGGUCAUGAUCAAUGACCACCCUGAUAUUUACUACAAGCUGGUGCAGCUGUACCCACGUGUGCAGCAGGCCAUCCACGCUUAA